AUGCCCUUCAGUGAGAUUCCCAUUCUAGAGAUCUUCCUGGGCUUCCUGGGCAUGGGCCUUUCCAUCAUGUUCUGCACCACCUUCUGCAGGGCGUGCACUCGCCUAAGGGAGGAGCAGAUUGCGAGGGAGGCAAUAAGGCGCAACGAUAUUGACGGGUGGCCGCCUUCGAUAUAUUUCAUACCCUUCCAUAGCAACAGGUCGCAGCAGGACAGUGAAGACCAACUCGGCGUGCCUCGAUACAGCGAGGAAUUCCACACACCACCACGAUACAGCGCUGAAGUCUUCUCUGGCCCCCCACCUGCCUAUAACGAGCUGGGAUUCAAGCCUGAUGAUCUUCCCCCUGUAUAUACAGAAUAUAACGUCCCUGUGUAUCCUGUCCCACCCCCACCCCCACCCCCACCUCCCACAGACAUGUCACCUUCCUCUUCCUCCCUCAGUCCCCCUUCGGGACCCCCUGCAGACGGUGAAGCAGCAGAAAGCAGUAAACUCUGCCUCUGCCCUGUAAUGAUUUUCUGA